CCAUCGAUUCAUGCCCAGUCCGGCCCCAAGAGCAGCGAAUUGAAAUCCAAAGAGGAAGCCUAUGUUGAAGUCGAUUCCAGAGCUCCAAAAAUAUCGAGAAUCGCAAGGUGAAGGCGUUUCUAGUCAAGAAUGGGUGGACAACGUGGUUGAGUUUGUUGAGUACUGUGAGUCAAGUCCCAAUGUAGAUAGGUUGGAUAACAAGAAAAUGCGAUGUCCUUCCAAGAAAUGUAAGAACAUCAAGUUUUGCUCAUCAAAGAAUAUGUUGGAGCACAUUUUGCGGUUUGGAUUCACGCCCAAUUAUUUCGAUUGGGUAUGUCACGAGGAGAAUCAUGGUGACUAUGUACCUCCACAACGAUGUAAAGUCCCUCGUCAAGCUGAUGUCUCAGAUGUAUCACAUGUCCCCGGUAGAGAACAGUAUGUACACAUGGUUUAUGAUGUUGUCGGCCCGACUAGAAUCAACUCUGUUCUUGAAGAAGAGCUGAAUUCUACAGACAAGCAAUUCUUCGAAAUGUUGAAAGCUGCUAAUACAGAUCUUUGUUCGGGGAGUUCUUGUAACACCUCGGCCCCCACCCUGACCAUGAGCGAUAAUGAGAACCCCCCUCCCCCCACGCCGACUGAUUCUGAGGUGUUAGCACCAUCUAGGGUGGGGGAGAGUAUUGAGGAUCAAGAGGACGGAGUUGGCGAUGACCACGAUUUCGAGGACCGCGUUGGCAAGGGAUGCAGUGGCGGGGCGCGUGAUGGCAAGGACGAGGUCCACGAUGAUGUGGACCAAGAGGGUGGAUAUCACGAGGGUCCCGGUCAUCAGGGUCAGUUCGUGUAUGUCAAUUCGGAUGACGAGGUUACAAUCACUAGAGCUGGUGCUGGGCUCAUCAAACCGGCAUUCUACGAGAGGACGGACGCAGCUGGCAUUUCGCGGUGCAAAGUCUCAGAGACGACAAAGGAGUUCUACUUUCGAGAGUUCAAGAAAAAUGCUCGAGUGGAUCUGUCAAUCGACGAGGGCAGGCUGAGGAAAGCUUUUCUCAAAAAAGCUGUUGAACGGUACGCGAGUUAUACGUACAAUCAAAGGAACCCAACUCGAUUGAAGAAGAAGAAGAUGGACCCUCGGCCAUUUGAGCAGUUGAAGAAGGCUAAGAAGAAAGGGGCGCCUGUGCCGUUGGAUGAGGUUAUCAUCCACACAAAGACAAAGAAGUACGACGGAAAGACUUGGGUGGAUCCAGGACAUGCUGAGCUACAGGCCCAAUUCUUCAAACUGCGUGAGGAGGCUAGACAAAAUGAGCUUAAAGUCACCGACCAAGAAAUAUGGUACUCGCUACUCGAGGGCCAUAAUGCAAAAAACCAUGUUCCUAGAGUUGGUGACUACGAGCGGGAAAUGAGGAAGGUCAAUCCGUCUUCCAAUCCUCGCCGUUCCAGCACUAGUAGUAGCAGCGCAGCGGAGAUGGUAGCACUUAAAGAGCAAAACCAAAGGCUGCAGGAACAAAUUGAUAAUCUAACCUCGAGCUUGUCGCUGACGAUUCAGGAGGAGAUAAGGAAGUUAUAUGGUGGGCAGGGUCAAACUACAACCCCAACAAGACCAACAGCAGCAGCCUUCUUCUCUUCAUUGUCUGUGAUGCCCCUAAAAUCUGAUGGCUCCCUCUGUCUAAUGGAGGCCCUCAACAGGUCACAACCACAAGCAACCCCAAAACUGGAGGACUUCAUUGGAAUGGGAGCCCAUGACUAUGACAUAAGAAGUGGAGGAAUGGCCCUAAGCUUGGACAACAUGUACUACCAAGAUUACCAAAUGCCAACUGCUGGGAUGAAGAGUUUCUGCAAUAACAAUAAUAAUAACAAUAAUAAUAAUAAUGCAAGAGUGUCCAAAGAUGGAGGAGAAUCAUGGGCGCCGAAUAAUGGCGCGACGGGUUACGGAGAUUUUCGGGCUUUGAGCUUGUCAAUGAGCCACGGGUCGUCGCGCCCAAGUCAACAACAACAAGAGACCUUGGCUGCUGGUUCAGAGUGUGGGAGCAAGAAGAGAGGGCUUGAGGUUAUGGCCAAUAGUAAUAAACAAAUUGUUCAUAGGAAGUCUCUUGACACCUUUGGCCAAAGAACCUCACAGUACAGAGGUGUCACAAGGCACAGAUGGACAGGGAGAUAUGAAGCACAUUUAUGGGAUAAUAGUUGCAUGAAGGAAGGGCAGAGCAGGAAGGGAAAGCAAGGGGGUUAUGACAAUGAAGAGAAGGCCGCGAGGGCAUACGAUUUGGCGGCAAUCAAGUAUUGGGGACCUUCUACUCAUAUCAAUUUCCCGCUUGAGAAUUAUCAUCAAGAGAUUGAAGGAAUGAAGAGCAUGAGUAGGCAAGAAUAUGUUGCUCACUUAAGAAGAAAGAGCAGUGGGUUCUCAAGGGGAGCAUCAAUCUAUAGGGGAGUGACAAGCAGGCAUCAUCAGCAUGGAAGAUGGCAAGCUAGAAUCGGACGAGUGGCGGGAAACAAGGACCUUUAUCUAGGAACAUUCGGCACUCAAGAGGAAGCCGCUGAGGCAUAUGACAUAGCAGCGAUUAAGUUCAGAGGCGCAAAUGCCGUCACCAAUUUCGACAGUUCAACGUACGACAUCGAGCGCAUCAUGGCUAGCAACAAUCUCCUUGCCCGGGACCAGGCCAGGCGUCCGAACAAAAACUCCCCCGACGGGAUCACGGCCGAAACAAAUAGCCGGCGGUUGGAGGUGGAGGAAAACUUAGUGCCAUCUUCUCCGACUCAGAUGGCCGCCGACUGGCAGCUGGCUGUGUAUCAGCAAGGGGUGGUGGACGAGUCCGCUGCCCUUCUCAGGAGGCCUUUUUUUGCCGCAUGGACGGAUAACAUUAUCUAGAUUCUGACUAGUUCUGAGUCCAGGUACCUUCUCAUAAACAUUCACACAGAUACUGAUUGUGUUUGGUGAGUGAAUAUUUAUGAGAAGGGUGGGGUGAGAAUGGAAGUAUGAUUUAAAUUAGGGUACCCAAUCUUAAUUAAUUCAUCGAAACUAAUCAUGUAAAUAAAUGGUAGCUAGCACCUUGGAUCCAUGUUUUUCAUGACAAAUCAAUUAGGCUUGCAUUU